AUGGAAUCAUUGCCUGAUUUGGGCCAAGGGCCCGAGGUGUUUGAGACCUCAGACGUGGAGUCACUUGAAAACUUGUCUCUGAAAUCAGAGGAGGUCGUGACACAUGACAUCGAGAUUGACAAUGAAGAUGCAAAAUCCGCACACGCAAGAUUUGAAGAGAACACUCUAGUGGGGCUUUUCGACCUUGUUGAUUUUCUGGGCUCUUUGGUGGCUGAGAACUUGGGUAGAAACACUUAUCACACAAGGAAAUGGACGGAAACAAAAGCACAAAGACUCGCGAGAAUUGCCCAAGAACUCCGCGAGAUUCAAGAAGAAGACAAUGAAGACGCCGAUGAGGCGGAAAAGCUUCGAAAGAUUUUGGAGGCACUGGUGCAGAAUCGGGGCCUGAAUGGGUAUUUGUCUGGAAAGUUGGACGCGGUGUUUCGUCAGGUAGAAAAUGAAUUGGCUCAUUGUGACUUCCCACAGGCGUCAGAUGCAGAAGCACAAAAAGACGGUCCUGAAGAAACCAAAAACAUUCUGCAAGAUUCGAAAGUCGGGCUGGGAGUGGUAUUGGACUUGGAACUGCGGAUCAAUGAGCUAGAACAAGCCAUUGGAGUCCAUGAAAUGUCGCAGGCUACGAAUCUUGCUUUGCACAUGAGGGAUCUUGACCGUAAAGUCAACGUGCUCUACAAUCCAGAGUACGAGAUGGACACCAUGAAAACUAAGGUUUCUGAGCUCAACAAAGAGCUCGAGACAUACGCCAAAACCACUAGAAUGGCGCAGUUGGCUCUACCUGACAACGCGCGAGCCUCACAGAGCCGGGAACUGACACAAAAGAUAGCGGCACAUUCGAGUGUAUUCGAGAAAAAACUCGAUACUGUGUAUGAAAAACUCGGAGAAAUUGAGAGCAUGAAAGCACGGCUUCCUGCGGUAAUAUCGCGACUCCGUAGCCUUCAUGAGACACACAGCGACUUGGCGACAGCCGUGUCCAUAGUGGGUCAGUUGGACGACAACUUGGAAACACUCAAGCGUGACCUACAAAGCUGGAAUGAUAGUCUAGAUACAGUGAGGACAGCAAUAAACCAGCACGCGGUGGCAUUCGAUGACCGGCUGCGAGAAACAGAGACCAAAUUACAGCAAAUGGAAGCCCGUGUCGAGGCAUUACUUUAA